GAGGGAGGAGGAAAAGUUCACUGUGGCUGAUCCAAGUCCAGAGCUGCUUACAAAGUAUCCCUUCUGUCUGAGCGCAGCCUCUGCUGCUAUCCUCUGUCAGCCAUACACCUUAGUCAGCCUGAGAAACGCUUCAGAAAGACAAGGGGGGAUGGACAGAGGCAGCUGAGCCAGAUUUUGGGAGAUGCAAAUCGUGGAAAUGGAUACAUUGAUAUUCUAGGAAAUGUACCUGUGAUGUAAUCUUUGUCUGCCUUCACCACUACAACUAUAUGCACAUCCUCAGGCCUACUUUCCCUAUGGGCCUGUGCUGCCUGUGGGUAGAAGAUGUAAGGAGUCCCGCUCACCACACAAGAACAGGUCAGGCUGGCCUGUCAGUCCGCCAGCUAGCACUGUGAAGCAGUGCUAGGACCACAAUGCUAGGACGGACUCUGUUCUACAAGAUAUCUCUGAGGGUAGGAUGCACCCACCAAUGACAGCUUACACUGCUCACUGUGAUGUGUCACCCCAAACAACAAGCAGAAAUAUGACACUGGGUAGCUUGACACCGUGACACGUGCAGACACGGAUGAUGAACAAGAUUCUGAUGUGACCAGUUGACCAGCUGACCAGCUGACCAGCAACUGACUAUAAAGUGAUCACGAGUCUCCGCCAUCAAAAUUCACUGGCAUUUCAGAUGAUGCCCAUUCAGUCUUUAACAAGGAAUCCAAUCACACGACUUCAAUUUGCGGUGAAAAUUCUUCCUAUUGUCUAAAGUACAAUAAGUGGUUCCAUUAAACAGCUUUAUGGAAAUUCUAUAAGAAAAGAUCACAGUAGUUCCAUUAACGCACUCAGAGGGGAUUCCUCAAUAAGGGAUCAGAGACAUCCCAAUAAUGGACAUCGAGGGGAUUCCAGAAUAAGGGAUCUUAAUGGAUUAAAGGACUUUGAGAGAAUCGACUUUGACUAUGAAGGUUGAUGGUAAAGAUGAUCCUUUGACACACUAAUACAGCUGUUACUUCAAGCGUGACCUCAGAAUUUAUCUCCCCCUGCCAGCAGAAUGCUGUUGUAUCGCAUCUCCAUGAAGCUGCGAAGACAUCUCUUUGCAGCAUGCCUACUGCUGUGCACGGCCAUUUUCGUGUUGUCUUACAUGGGUCUCCACAACGGACGCUCCACUAACCUGAAGCCGAUCAGGGAGAAAAUGGAAUGGUUUAAGGAGAGGAAAUUCUUGGCCAACGACAACAUCACGUCUGCCAUCAGGGAGAUCACCUCCGUUUUAGAAGAUGAUAACCCCUUCAACAAAUCCCGAAGAUUGAAUGCAGUCGCAGGGAAGGAAAAAUUUUCGGCGAGACUGCCGAGUGUUUCAAGGGACAAAGAGGAUACAAGUAAAUCUCAGUCUGUUCCACUUUCUUCUGCUACACAGGUGAGAUUAAUAGCAGGUGCGAACAGAGUCGAUGCUGUCAACAGGCACAGCAACAUUUCACAAAUUGUUUUAAGCGAUGCGGAAACAGCAACGCCAGCAAGCAAGCUACGCGGUGAAUCAGAGCUUCAUCAGGGUCCGCUGAAAACAAAGCAACUUCAAGGGUCUAUACAAAGGCAACAUGAAUUGUUUAUCAAGGCAUAUAAAGACCUACAGCAUCGGAACGAGCUUCUGGAAAAGGGUGUAACCCAAGAGAGGAGACAACAACAACAACCACCUCAAGGUCGUGACAGCAAUGGAGGUCAAAGUCGCAAGGAACUUUCCAAAAACAAAACUGACCUCCAUGAAGGAAGCAAACAAAGCUUCAACACGAUUAACAAAAUUCGUGGUGGAAAGUUUGACGAACAGAACCAGGCUAUUGAUGUUAGAGGCUCUAGAUUCAGGGACGGCUCUGCUAAACAAGAAGAGAGAGGUUUGAGAAUUAUGGAACAAAGUGGUUCACAACAUCUUCACGGAAAUUCAAUCAAAAAAGAUCAGAGUAGUUCCAUUAAUGCACUCAGAGGGGAUUCCAAAAUAAGGGAUCAGCGAGGUUCUGUUAUUGGACUUCAAAGUGAUUUCAACAUAAGGGAUCGAGUUGGUCAGAUUAAUGGAAUUAAUGGAGAGUGGCCAAAGGAAUUCUUUAGCAAUCAAAAAUGUGCAAAUAUUGCCUUCAAAUGA